AUGUCCUUCUCAUCCGAACCCGCCCUCUCCAAACCCACCCCAGCCCAAACCAUCUACCAGCACUACCCUCACCCCAACCCUCACCCGCGAACCACAACCUCCAGCAAGGCCUCCAUCGCCUCGCACAACAAGGAUUCCUGCCUCCCACGCAUCAAACCCAUAACGAAGCACAGCGGCAUUUCCGUCUCAUCCUGGUUCAAAGCCUUCUUCCAGAUCGUCAUCGCCCUCUCCACCCUCGGCGCCUCCGUCUCGUUCAACUUCAUCCUCUCCGACAUCAAGGAGCCCAAGUUCAUGUGGAGCAAGCCCCAGAUCCAAGUCUACCUGUCCAUCAGCUGGCUGCUUUUCCUGCUGGCCUUGGCUUUUGCCAGUCUGGCGUCGACGCUCCUGAAUUUCUUUCAGGGACACGCAGUCAGGGAUUGGGAUGGGGACGAUCCGAGGAGGAAGAGGGUGUUGCAGUAUUAUGCGACGCUGACGUGUUUGGUGCUGUAUGGAUUGGUGAUUGCGGCGUUUGCGGUGAUGGGGUUGGUGGUUAUGGCUUAUAGUUUUGUGGUUGGGUGGGUGGCGGUCGGGUUUACUGCUAUGUUUGGGAUUGGGGGCUUUUUGUGCAUUGGUAUACAGAGUCCGUUAUGCUUGUCUUGA